AUGUCCGACACCGAAAUGGAAGACGCCACCAUCCUAAACCGGUUAGACCGGUUACUUAAUUCGGUAGAUCGCGUAGAAGCGAGAUUGGCAAUACACGGACAAGAUAUUACUGCUUUACAUGAAAGAAUUAACGAAGUGGCUGCAACAACAACUACCGAGAUCCAAAGCCUCCAACGUGAUGUAAGAAAAGAACGUAGACAACUCGAAGGCCAUGUGAGAGAAGCAAAUGAAUUCUUACAGCACGAACAAGGUGUUGAAGAAGGAAUGCGUCAAGUACAACAACAACAACACAUAAACGAGCAACUCCAGCAACAACUACACAUACACGGGAAACAAGAACAACAACAACAAGAACAAGAGCAACACCAACAACAAGGACAACAAGUUCAUGGACUCCUUCAAGCUCAGCAACAACGAAUUGAAGAACAGCAACGCCAUCAACAAAUUCAGCAAGAGCGAGUUCUUGACGCCAUUAACAACUUGAACCAGAUGAACCAGAAUCCCCAAAUCCAAGUUGCGCAAAACCCUGCCCUUCAAAAUCCUGCCACAACAAACAUAAGAACGGAACCAAUCGUAGACGAACGUUUAGUGGUGAGACCGGAGAAGCAAGCGGCAUAUAAUGAAGCAAUUAAAACAAUUAAAAGGUACAUGCCACUUUUCCACACGACCGACCCAGGUCUUGUAGUAGACAGAAGAUGCGCAGGGAGAUUUGCUGGGACAUUAUCAGGAACAAACGAGAGAAAUAUUACUUGGAGGCAAAUCACAUGGAAUGAUUGUGCUUUAAUCAUUAUUAAUAGUAGUAGCUUGGCAGAAGAAGAAGCGGCUAGACAUUUUGAUUACUUAACCUACCUUCCUCAACCAGGUCAAAAAGUUUUGGAUUAUAUCAAUGGGUACAGAAAUAGCAAUACCAAAGAUUUUUUUGAUAAGGUGAGUGAAUGCAUUCAUUCCGAAGUGUUCCCACAGAACGGUUUGCACAAUUACAAUGUGGAAGGAGAAGCCAAUGCCAUGGGAACUACGCCAGGACACCUACAGUAUCCAAUUGAGUCAUUAACAGAAGAGGCGGAUGGAGAGGAUAUAACUGAAAAGCACGAGGGUUAUGCAGUAUAA